UUUGACUGCGGCGCAACUCCAUUCAAUAGAUAUUGCCGUCCGAACUUGUGCCUCUGUUUCAGUUCUGGCCUGUAUCCUUGUCAUUGGAUGUUAUAUGUUUAGUCGUCGCUUUCACACUCCACUUAAUCGCCUCAUUUUCUACGCGACAUGGGGAAACAUUUUAGCACAUCUUGCUGAGCUGAUCGCACGCUCGGGACCCAGGGCUGGUGAAACUAGUUCGCUCUGCAGAUUUCAGGCUUUUUUUAUUCAAUGGUUUACAUCUGCAGAUGCUCUCUGGAACUUGUGUAUUGCUUGGAAUGUCUACUUGAUUCUAUUCCGCCAUUAUGGCUUGCCAGAAUUGAGGAGGUUGGAGUGGAGAUAUUUUAUACUUUGCUAUGGGCUGGAGUUCAUUCCUGCAAUAGUCUUUCUCUUUAUUGAAACUGAAUCUAAAGGGAGGGUCUAUGGUGAUGCAGUUGUAUGUUAUCGCUGGUCACUUUUGGUAUGAAUCCCUACUGAUUCCUUCUUUUCGUCAGUUGUGGUGCUGGAUUAGCCGUCCUUGGGGCUCACUCCGUCUUGGUGUGUACUACGGCAUCGUUUGGUUCGCGUUUAUUGUGACACUAUCGAUUUAUACCGCCGCUGGAAUUAAGAUGUUCUUGCAUGAACGGGGGAUUCAGAGUAUUACCGCCUCUGAUCGGCUGGUCCUGAGUGCCCCAUCGCCGCGACUCUCGGACGAAAUUCAGCCCUCUGAAACUCCCCAGCUAGAAGAUGGUCAACUUCCUGCAAACGGCCAAGUGAUAUUGGAAAACCCGUCUAUGUCAAGAGACCAACAGACAUCUGAGCCCCAAUCCUCUUUCGACCCUGCAUCGAUUCAAGGGAGUCGGUUAAUGUCUGGCAGUCGGGCUCCAGUGGCGAACUCCUCAUACGAUACUUCGGCAUCCACACCCCAAGAGGGACAGAUAUCUGACCAUAUAUCGGCUUCCCAAAAUAAUUCAAUGUCCAGUAACCAAGAAGCCUCCCAAAAAUUUUCAAAUGCCGCUAGCAUCGAACCCCCGGCCCAGGCCCACCUCCCAGAGCAGCCUGGCGAUGAAAGCUACAGUAGCCUGGAGACCCUCCCUGAACUAGCAGAUUUGAGACGCCGUCAAAGUCUCGCAAAUAUUAUCGACUUUGAAAGACGACUGAGCGCGUCGACUGAGGGCCAAGAGAAAAAAGCGAGAAGAUUAUCACUGGAAAGGCACAAUGCUGCUAAGGCUUAUGCAAAAUUUGCAUCCAUAUAUUUCAUCUCUUUGAUAAUCACCUGGGUAUGGGUUGCCGAACCUCUCCUCUGA